CUGGAUUGUGCGAAGAGGGGUCGAUACCGUUUCCCCGAACCCUGAGAUUUUGAUUUUUUUUUUGCUACGCUUGGGGGAUAUAGGUUCUCGUUUGAAAACCAGAUGACCGAUUCAGCCCACCGAAGCCGGCCACGAUCAUCCUCUGGCCAGAGGCGGAGAUCUAGGUCGCCCUCCCGGUGUCCGAAGCUGACCACUUCCUCAUCCUAUCCGUGUAUUCCCCUCCUGGCUGGUAGAGCGGCUGCUUCAAGCCCGGCCACAGUAACUUCAGCUGUUGCAUUUGGAUCCACCAGCGCAACGUCUGCUUCACCCAGUCCCAUUCCUUGGUUACACAGUGCUGAGACAAUUGAGGACGAUAGCCCUCGGACACCUGGGUCUAUACUGGAGCGGCCCUAUUCAGGGUUUCCGUGGGGCCUUCAUUUUAAGGAGCAGCCCCAGACAAGCCCAGUUAUUCUGGACAGUGGGGUGCAAGCCUCCGCUGGAGAACUCACAAGCGCUAAAGCCAGAUCACCUGUCCCGCCUCACCCCCCGUUACUCUAUACCAAGUCGGACCCAACACACAGUGCUGUGAGGACCAAAAGGAGCCCUUCCCGGGCUUCACCAAAGUCAUCAUUGAGGCUGGAACUUCCACCGCCCCCUCAUAUGGUUGGUGAUUAUGGGCUUGCUCUUUCGCGCACCCAGCAGGACAAAAGAGCUGAGAGUGAAGGUGUGUAUACAAUUGCCCAAGAAAACCAUCGCCCGAGACCAUCAUUGCUUGGAAUUGCUUUUCCCACUACUCCCGACACGAGUGUAAAUAGUAUGCCUGUUAUUUGUGCUGGGAUUAGUAGGGAAGCGAAAAGAGCGGGGCAUAUCGAUUUUAGGGGUGGUAUUGGGCCGAACCAUGAGGUUAUUGGGGCGGGCGGCGCUACAGCGGCACUACUGGCCGCGAAUCCGCAUCUGGCUCAGGGCGGAUUGGCUCCUCUUACACCGCCCGAUGAUAAUGGAAUUAUCGAAUGGCGGGGGGAAGGGAUGUCCGAGUUACUGGUCCCAACAAUUCCGGUUUGUCUAGCGAAGGAUCCCGCCUGUGCCGCGGUAUGUGAUAAUGAGGAAACAAAGCCGGCUCUACCGGGAGGAACUCCAACUGGAAGACGAAUAGAGGUAUUGAAGAGCCUAGAGGAGACUGAGAGAACAGCUAGAAUGAUGUCUGGAGAAUCCACCGGAGCGACUGAAACUGGGCGGGAAGCCAUGGAUGAAAGAGAGGAUGCCUCUGCAGAUAGAUCGGAGGACAGUAGUGAUAACGAAAGCACGGGCCAUGAAGAUAUUGUUGAAGAAGGGUGGCUAAAGGGCGCUAUGACCUCACUUUGUUAGUACUUUCUUUAAUAGCCUAACUUGCUUUGUCGUGGCUAAUAGGGGAGGGCAAUUGUUCCUGGGAUAGUCGAUUGCGCUCUUUCCGUGCAGAUGACUACAGAGGCUGUUCGGAUGUUAUCUUACACCCUUCCCUGUCCUUUACCCACAACUUCCAUAGAUUCGGCAACCCCGACUCCUAUUCCUAGCAAUCUAAGUUCAAACCCUGAUAGACUUCCAGCAUCCGCCGCCGCCGCGCCCGGCGUUGCUGCGGCAGCUGGCCAACAAUUCUCACCGGCCAUCACUGCUAGAUGUCAUUCUCGAGCACAGGCGGGCAGCGGAUCUUCAACUCCCAAUGGGUUGAUUGGGGCGGAUGAUGGAAUAACAACUGCACUGCACACGCUAACGAAAAACAUCCAAAGACGUUAUUCCAAUGACGGAACAAAGAGGGUUUAUAUUCACGUUUCUCAUGCCAUAUCACCUGGUAUUCCACUUAAUAGGCUUCCUUCUACCCCCCCAACCAACGGGUGUGUCGGUAGUCCUGGUGGCUUUAUUGGUGGCGGAUUUGAUAUUUCUCCCGGAGGGUAUGCGGGCGGAGGAGGGGGAGGGGGAGGUUACUUUGCACCUACUGUUUUUAAUAGUAUUGUUGUUGCACCCGAGAGUAUCCCCACUGCUCCUAAUAUGUCGUUUCAUCGCACGCAUACGAUCCCACCGCCGAAUCCCAUAUUACCGCCAUUCAGUCUUCACAUGACACUCCUUGAGCGAUAUAUCCCACCAACCUCAAACGCCGAGGAUCUUAGCAUGUUUUCUACACAAUCAUCCGUGAUUCUUGACCGAUUGCACGAGCUUUCUCCACAUGGAGGAAGCCUAUUAUUUAUUUAUCCCACAAAAACUGGCGCCAAACACUUUGACAAGCAAUAUUUAGGCCCCGUAUUGGAUCCACUUUUGAGGAAAUUAAUGGUUCUCUAUAUGCUACGGGAAGAUCUUUUGUGGGGUAUCCGGAACAUGGCCGCUAUCGAGAAAAUGAACGAAUUUGAGGGACUACGACGGAAGCUGGAUAGCUUCUGUACGAGGUUUUCUCAUGCCAUCAAUGAUACGACGUGGGGAAAGAGUGGUUCAGGUUCUCAGGCGUCGAGAUUACAGCAUGAUUCGAGCUAUCCGAAAACUCGUGUGCGAUUGGCGCACUCGCAAAAGGCUAUGAUUCAGCUGAACGACAACAGUUGGCGGGAGUGGUGGUCUCAGCAAGAGCAGCUAAGAAUCAGAGAGGCGGUAAAACGGCACUUUUCUAGCCUACAGCCAUCCGCGGAAGCCCAGACUCCUGCGCCGCCAAGCGCUUCUGGCCCUCAUGGAUCACACCACGCCAAAUCCGCGUCAAUGUCAUCCCCGAAGCUUGGAAAACUUCCCUCCAUGGCGCAAGUAGCGAAGGCCGUGACCGCCUCCUCGACUCCAUCCUCCCCAACAGUGCCAUCAUCUCCGCAGUCACAAUAUUCGUUUGGAUAUGGCGCCCCUGGUGAUCUGGCCAGAGAGGUUCUCGACGGUGUAAGGGCCCCUGCCGUGCGACCUUCAUCAAGGGGGAUGAGUGAGGCAGUUGUUGCUAGUGCUCUUGCGGGGCCUGGAACUUUCGGAGUUGGGGGCGUUGUAGGCGACUAUGAAAUUAGCAGUGUGCCUGGUGAUAGGCGCGUUAAGGAGAGGGGUAUCGAAGUGGGGGUAUUUGUUUUGCGACGGGAGGUAGUUACAUAAGGACGACCCGAGUGGAAUUGGUCGAGCAGCGAUUUUGGAUAUAAUCUUUUUCUCUUGUUUUUGGCGGGUUUUACUGCGGAGCUUUGUUUUUCCCAUUUUCCCCCAUUCUCCCUAGUUUGUUUUUCGAUUUCUCUAGAGUCUCUGUUCACGAUACUUAUUUUCUUUUUUUCCUUUUUUCUUUUCCUUCCCCUCCCCCCUUUUUUUUGCUUGGUACUGCAGGAAUUUAGCAGGUUAUAGGGCCAGAAGGAUGGAAGAUGGAAGGAAUGGAGAGGUGACGGAAAAGGAAGCAUAACAAUUUCAAACCACCGAACUGGUAAUCGGAUAUGCACAAGAGAGACAGGGUGCACGCACGCGCCGAUCUGCGCUCGAUUCCUUGAAUCACGAGUCCUGAAAGACUUUGGGGGGCACCCCCACCCCAAUUGAAAAAUGUCCCAAGUUCGAUGGAGGCAUUCACGGAUUAUUUCUCCGGGUGGACAGCUAUUUCCCCCAUAUUUCAUCUUGUUGUCGUAUCCCGGCUUUUGUUCCUUUUUUACACCAAGCUUUGUUUCUCCAUGGUAUAUUUAUUCACAUCUACUCAUACACCCAGCCCUUCCUCUCUGCAUACAAAGAAACCAGAGGGGUCGGCAUGCAUGCAUGCAUGCAUACAUACAUAUAUACAUACAUACAUACAUACACUCGCAUUAUACGUGAAAUCGCUUUCACCAUCUUUAUAUUUCCUUCAACAAUGUCGUUAUAGAGGGGGGGUGAGGGAUCAUAAGAACUCAAAUAAUCGAACCUCAAACUAGGACGUUGGAGUUGCCUCUGCUGGCAUGGUGCCGUGUUUUGUUUUGUUUUCUUAAGCUGGGGAGCUCAGGGGGUCAGUUCGCCGUGCUCUCGGCCCCCCAAUCCAGGAGAGGGAAUUCUGGACGUCCCAUCAUAAUAUCAUGGCGCGAGGUUCGAUUACUCGAGCCUUUGGGGUAGGGUGGGUCCCAAUGGGUGGCGUUUAUUCGUCCGCUUUCUGUAAUUCUGCUUUUUCCUAUUUGGUUCGUUUAUACGGAAGUGUUGCACGUAUCAUAAGUAUGAUAUUCUUCUGCAAUAUCAUAGUAGUUAUUUGAGAAUCACAAGGGGUUUGCUUCCUCCUUCUUUCUCUUUUUACUAGUGCUAC